ACAUGUGCUUUAAUGCUUCAUUAAACUGUUGUUCUCCUUUGAGCCGUUCGACUGCCAUCAUUGCUGCAGCAUGCAGGCGUGCAAGUGCUCUCAUCUUGACAACUAACAGGAUGUUGUGGUCAUGGAACAAAACUCAAUCAACACCAAAUAUAGCCUGGUCAAAGUUAAUAGGUAGUGACUUUUUUUUUACUACAGCAUAUACAAAACUAUACAGAGUAAGCCUUAUUUCAUUGUUCAAUACAGUUAUUGGUACGAAUAAUAUGUAACUAGUCUCAGGACUUAAAAAUGUGUUUUUUCAGAGCUGAAAUGCAGUAUUUAAAUCAGCAGCAUCUGUAUCUCAAAGCAAGAUGCAUUCUGCCACUGCAGAGACUAACCACAGUGUAAUGUUACUGUGGCGAAGAAAACUUCACCACUCUCUCACCACCCGGAAGCGCUAUUCGUCCACUGUAAGGUGAGAUUUUUCUGAGUAACUGCCAUUAAGGAUCAGCAAUGCUGUGCAAGAAGUAUUGGUCUUUCUGGACAUUCUUGUGCUGUGGUUUGAUUCCUGUGAUGGGACAGAGCCACUGCCAAAGACCUUGUGAGCCAGUCAGGCUUGGUCUGGCCGUUCCGCUCGACGCUGAUGUCCUUCUGCCCUGCAGCUUCCAGCCUGGCCUGCUCCAGGAGGCCCAGAGUUCGGGGCUGGCUGUUUUGUGGAGACAGGGCCAAUUCAAUUAUUUGGUGGAGCUCAAGCUGCCUGAAGAAGCCUUAUUCUGGGAUUCUAGGAAAGGCAGAGUUGAAGUCUUCAAACAUCUUUUCCACGAAGGCAACUUCUCCAUCCUUAUGAGAUCGGUCCAAGAAUCUGACCUGGGCUUGUACCACUGUGAGCUGUUUGAGGGGAUCAACUGUAGCAUUGGCUGUCAAGAGGUGGAACUCAGUCUGCGAAAAGCAGGCAAUACAUGGCCGGGUGUGAUGGUGGACUACUGGUACUGCGUAGCUGGCGGUGGGGUCUUCCUUUUACUGCUCCUUGGUUGCGCUUGCUGUGUAUGGUGUAGAUGUGUUAAGAUGCAGCAGCCAAGCCACAGUUCUGGACGCUCCACUAUUGAAUAUAUAGAUAAUGAUUUGUACAGCAACGUGAACUACUAUCAAGGCCAACUUCCCCAGGAAAUCGAAGGUUGCCAUAGUAGCAGUAGCAGUAACAGAAAACAGGAUGAAGGCAAUGGACAGGAAGUGCCAUCCUCUAUCUAUGCCUGCAUAGCUGAAUUUCAGUUUUAAUUUUAUUUACUUUGUGAUACUGCAUUUAUAAAAUGUAUUACAUAUUUAAACUGUAAAAUAACCUCUGAAUUGUGGGGGCUGUGGAAAGAGGGAUGUGCAUUAAUUGUUUUUGGAUUUUCAUAUGUAUUUCUUUGUCAAUAAACAAUAAAAAUAAGUGAAGUACUAUGUUAAA